CUCGUCCAAAUUUCGACCCCACUAAAGUCUUCUCUCUCUCCGCGCCCUCGACGGUUGAUUAGCGCAGUUACUGACUGGACUGACUUCUCUUUCUUUCCCUUCGUCCAGUCUUCUCUCUACCAGUCCUCACUCGCCCACCUUACAUUCUUUCGACCCUCACCCCCUUCAACUCUCGCCCACCAUGAUCAUCUACACUGUCAGUCUGCCCUGCCUGCCCGCUUCCUCUGCGUUUUUGCGCCCUUGGCGUGCCCCGCGCUGCCUUUCGCUGCUGCCCCACCCCUCCUUUUGCAUGCCUUCUUUUUUUCUGGACCCUGACAAAAUCACCGGCGACGAGAUCAUCUCGGACGUUUACGACCUCAAGCUCGUCGACGACGUCGCCUACGAGGCCGACUGCAAGAAGAUCACCGUCGGCGUCGGAGACAUUGAUAUCGGUGCCAAUGCUUCCGCCGAGGGAGGCGACGACGAGGGCGCCGAAGAUGCUGCCGAGCAGGUCAUCGACGUUGUCCACUCUUUCCGUUUGAACGAGACUUCGUUCGACAAGAAGUCAUAUCUCACCCACUUGAAGAGCUACAUGAAGGCCGUCAAGGCCAAGCUCACAGAGGAGGGUGCCAGUGCCGACGAGAUCACAACCUUCGAGAAGGGCGCCGCCGCGUUCGCCAAGAAGAUUGUCGCCAACUUCAAGGACUACGAGUUCCUCAUCGGCGAGGGCAUGGACCCCGAUGGCAUGGUCGUCCUUCUCAACUACCGUGAGGAUGGCAUCACUCCCUACGUUACCGUCUGGAAGCACGGCCUCAAGGAGACCAAGGUGUAA